UCCAACCCCCCACUCACACAGACACAGACACGGGCACAACGAGCACUUGCGAAUUGUAAUCUUUCCAUUGCGCGUGCUUCCCUCCUAGCUCACCACCAAUCUGCCCGCAGCUCAGCUCACCGCCGGCCAUGGGGAACUGCCUGGUGAUCCAGGACAGAAGGGAGAUCAAGGUGAUGAGCGUCGUCGACGGCGAAAUCCUCAAGGCGCUCCCGGUGCCAUCCCCCUCCAAGGGCGCCCUCGCACCCGUCUCCGACUCCUCCGACGCCGAAGACGCGCUCCGGCCGCAGAAGCAAGGCCUCGACGGCCGGGCGGGCGGCAUGGGGCAGCUGCACCUCCUGUUCCCCUCCGAUGCUAACGCGCCUUCUGCCGCGGCGGCUGACCCGGAGGGCGCCGUCGUGAGGGUGAAGCUGGUCAUCAGCAAGCAGGAGCUCAGGAGGAUGCUGGGCAAGGACGACGAGGCCGUCUCCCUGGACGACAUGGUGGCUCUCCUGCGAGGAGGGCCGGAGCAUCAGAAGCAGGAGGACGUCGGUUGCUACCGAGGGUGGCGGCCUGCCUUGCAUAGCAUACCUGAAGGCAGCGGUGAUCUAUAUUCCAUGUUAGCAUAGAAAUUAGCUGGAAGAAAAUACAUAUAUGGAUACUAAGCAUAAGAAAAUAUGCAUGUGUAUAUGUAUGUAUUUAUAUUCACAUACGUAGAAAAUAGAGAUCAUAGUUGGGUAGAUCUGCUAGUAGUUUUGAGAUAGGGGUUAUCUUCAGGUUGUCUUGUUUGGUGGGUGCAUACCAUGUAAGACAAGUUAAAGAUAGUCCUGGAAAUCAAACGGGACAAUAUAAACCUAAUUAUUGAUGGCA